AUGUCUCUUCCACCCGCCACGGGAGCUGUGGAGCUUGUCUCCUUUAACCAACACGUGGCGCAGCUCCUCAGGCAAAAGAAGCGACUGGAUGAACGUUCAUUCAACAGUAUUCGAAAGCCACAAAUUCUCCAGGAUAUUAUGGGAGAGAUGCGGACGGAUGGCGUGCUGGCGUCCACUUUGUACACAGACAAUACAGGCACUUGUGUGAAUUGCACAGUUAGCGGUGUAUUUGGUCCUCCACCAAUGGAGUAUCCAGACGAAGGUCGUCUUACAGUAGAUGUCACGGCUCCUUUUUUCUCAAACCAAAACACUAUAAAGAUUGAGGGAGCAUUACGUGAACUAGCCAGAUUUGUGCGCUCAACUAUUAUCUCUUGCAUGGAUCUCAGUGAACUUUCUGUGAUCAGUGGAGAAGCAUGUUGGGUACUGCAGGUGGAUUUAGUUCUGCUUAACGCUGAUGGAGGUCUGCGGGCCGCUACUUUACAUGCCGCUGUUGCCGCACUAAACAAUCUCACAUUGCCCAAGGCACGUCUCCCUAAUGGUGAUGUGGUGGAGAGCAAACACCUGCAGUUUCAUCGUAUUCCUGUGGCUACAACGAUUGGUAUGUUUCUCGCUAAUGGUGAAUUGCAACUCUUAAUGGAUACGAAUGCAGCAGAGGAGGGUGUUGUAGAUGGUCUUUUCACUGUUGUACUCGAUGAGUCUGACGGAAUUGUGGCAUUUGUACACCAUGGAAUGUAUGCGGUUAACCCAUCAUUGUUAACUGGUGUGAUAAAUGCGUUCACUUCACAUAGUAAAGCGCUUCGCUUGGCUAUUGUUAAGUCUAAUGCCUCAACCGGUUGUUGUGGAAAUGAAGAGAGUAGUCUAAAGAACGAGUAA